UCAAUCAAAUUCCAAGUGAAGAGAUCCAUCAAGCCGAAGAAACACCUUCUGUCCUUCAAUUCGAAUUGCAGAGGAUAAUAGCUCACUUCCUUGCAGCAUGCUACGCGACCGGACUUUAUGCCUAUAAAUACUCGAUUUUAGCCAGUUUCGUCUUCAUCUUCUUGUUGUACUUUGCUCUGUGCAGACAGCAGAAUUCGGAGAAAUCGGGAACAUGGGCAUCAAAGGUCUUCUGUAUAAUUUCCAUCUCUUUUCCUUGGUCUUGCUUUUAGUGGGUUUUCAAGGUUCCGUACAGGGACGGUUGCCUUUGAUCAAGAAACCCGACCCGGAUGAUGCUGCCGUCACUGCUCGUUGGUUGGUCUCUCACAACGUCUGGGGUGUCUUAAAUACCAUCUCAAGUGACUUAGGAGGAGCACCAUUUGGGAAUGUGGUUUCCUUUAGUGAUGGGCUACCUGGCAAAGGUGUUGGCAUACCAUUCUUCUACUUGACAACUCUUGAUCCAACUGCCAGAAAUGCAAUGGAAGAUGAGAGGGCUUCAUUCACAAUCAGUGAAUACCCUAUAGGAACUUGUGGCAAUAAAGAUCCCGAGAAUCCCUCGUGUGCAAAAAUUACACUUACUGGCAAGUUGAAGGUAGUUGACAAAAAAUCUAAAGAGGCAGAGUUUGCUAAAAGUGCCUUGUUCUCAAAGCAUGUGGAGAUGAAGGAUUGGCCUAUUGAUCAUGACUUCCAGUUCUUCAAGUUAGAAAUUGAGAGUAUAUUUUUGAUUGAUUGGUUUGGUGGCCCAAAACCACUCACAGUGGAGCAGUACCUGCAUCCUAAAAUAAACAAACUCGCUUUCCUUAUGGGAGCGCGCAUCUAAUCUUUCUUCCUCAUCUGUUCGUGCAUUGGAUGUUAAUGAAGUGUGUAAUAACGACUUCGAUGUAAAUAAGAUAUAAUGAAUUCAUUGUAAAUAAGAUGUGAGAGUUGUGAUUUCUGAUUAUGUAAUUGUUUUAUUUGUACAAUCAUACCGUCUGAUAAGAAUGAUCAAAGGCGGGGUAAAUUGUAGGUACAAGGUUUGUACUCACAAGCACUCAUUUUUCUUUAUUUCAAUAAUAUUCUGGAAAUGUAUCAGUUUACUGCA